GCAUGCUCCGCGCGUGUGCCACUCGACGCGGCUACCACACGCGUGCAUUAAGACAAAGUGCGUCCUUGCUCUACAGUCGCCGCGACACGUGCGAAUGCUGCUGCCAUUAAAACUGCAGUUCUCGAGCUGUAUACGUCCUGAGAGCACUCUGCCUCUCUGACACACUGCAGCAACCAUCACGUCCUCCAUCCGCAGAGCCGCGGGCUUCAUGAUGAGUAGGGCCAGCGCUAAGCCGGCAAAAUUUCUGCGCAAAGUUUGCCAAGUGGAAGCCGUGCGCGGCGACGACGCGCAGUGGUGGGAUCGUCUUCCCGUCUACACGCUGACGUUCGCGGAUCCCGGCGGCGAGCGGAUGCCGUGUCGCAUCGCGUGCGGGGAUGUGGUGAAGGUGGUCGUUCCAAACUACAAACCGAAGAGCUACUCCAUGUCGCGCCAGGGCGACGGCGAGUUCGACAUCACCUAUAAGUACUACCCGGGCGGCAAGUGCAGCGGCUACCUCGAGUCCCUAAGUAUUGGUGACGAGAUCCAGUGCUUCGCGAAGGGUGGCAAGCGCCGCAACGACGGCGGCACGCACAUUGGCAUGGUGGCGUUUGGCGUGGGCAUAACGGAGGUGCUGCCCGUCGCCACCGCCCAACUCACUCAUUCGGACGUGAAACGCGUCAAGUUGAUCUGGGCGACGAAGACCUGGGGCGACUGCUUCUGGCUCGACGAGCUCGAGCGGCUCAAGGCGGAUGAGCGCUUCGAGGUCGUCCACGUGCUCUCGCGGGAAGACCGCGACGGCUGCCGCCGCGGCCGCGUCACGCCGGAGCUGCUCAAGGAGGAGCUCGACGAGGCGUGGGGCGUCGGCACGACCGUCGACCGUGCGAACGUGCGCCUCAUCUCGAUCGGCACGAAGGCCAUGAUGCGCGACUUCAACGACAUGGCGUACGCGGACCUCGACUACAAGUACGCGGCGAACCGUCUGCUCGAGGACUAGUUGAGUUCGUCCGCUCCCUCCCCCAAGUAGUGUGCCAGUGUGUAAGCUAAGAAGAUAAACUUCCCGGA